AUGUCAGAAUUUUCUUUCUCAUCACCAAACACUACCAACUCCAAGAAAAUUCACCACUGCUUGUCUAGUCUUCUUCUCUCUGACUUGUUCCUCCUCUGUUCUUUCAUUAUUUCUCACCCUCUUUACUUCUCUUACAUCGUUUUCUUCUCACCAUACAUUAUCAAGAUCCUUUCUUUCCUUUCUCCUCUCUUCAUCACCACCUCUCUUUUGCUGCUUGCUCUCUUCUCCACUCUUCUUCGCGAUAAUUCUUCACUAGAAUUCUCCUUCCAAAAUGUCUUAGACAGGCUGCACUCUAAUGCAGACGAUGAAAACCAAGAAUUCCGAGGCUUUGAGGAGCUUGAAGCCUAUAAAAUCGUGUUUGAUACGUCUAUUCUUGAGAUCAGAGAAACUUCCGUUCAAGAUUCUGAAGAAAAUUGCUUAUCAGUCUUCGAAGAAGAGCCUGUGGACAAGCAUUCAAUUCAUGAAACUCGUGGAACAAAUGUAUCUCAAGAACUGACAAGUGAAGUUAACGAAAGCUUAGCUGAGAUUAUGCGGGCUGAAAGUACUGAGCUGAUAGCGGAAGGUGAAAGUUUAGGAGGGUUCUUGAAGGAGGACCUCGAGCUUGUCGGUGCAAUGUGCGAAAAGGGAGAAAAAGAAGUCAUAGUCAAGGCACUACGCGUAGAGUUCAAUAAAGAUGAUCAUCAAGAGCAAAAGGAAGCAACAGCAAUGAAAGGUGGAUCCAAGGCAGUAGGCAGUAAAAUAAGUGAUGAUAAUGGAGUGUUGGAAUAUUUGUCAAAAGUAAGAGCAAAUUCUCAGAGACUUGGGAGAAAUGAUAGUGAUGGAGGAGAGUACUAUGCUUCAAAAGUUAUGGAUAUUAAUUAUUCUCAGCCAUUAAUGGGUGGGUCAAAUCUUGGAAGUUUUGGGUCGAUGAGAAAAGAAAAAGAAUGGAGAAGGACAUUGGCAUGCAAGCUUUUUGAGGAGAGACACAAUGCAAAUGGAACUGAAGGGAUGGAUUCGCUUUGGGAGACUUACGAGACAGACUCAAAUAAGCUUCAAACUAGAAACAAAUCAAGGAAGGUUAAGAAAGGUAGCAGUAAGUACCAUGGGGAAGAUGAAGACGAAGAAGAAGAAGAAGAGAUUGAUGAUGGGCAAUUGUGCUGCUUACAGGCUCUCAAGUUCUCAGCAGGGAAGAUGAAUUUGGGAAUGGGAAGGCCCAAUCUUGUCAAGUUUUCCAAGGCGCUCAAAGGCAUUGGCUGGUUGCACCAUGUGACAAAGCAUGGCAAGAAGAUCUACCAUUAA